UAUUAAAAUAGCUGUUAUCCCAUGAAAAGUUUAAACAGAGAGAGAGAGAGAGAGGAGUAGUCCUGUGCUUCCAGAACAAGAAAAAAAUCUCUGUUCCCAGAGAUAAAGAUGAAUUUAGAAACAGAUAAUGAAAACUUACCUUUAAACAACUCAUCUUUAAAACCGUACUGUUGAGAGCUUUGUAACAAGCUGGCUCCAAGCUAAAGCUCACAGUGAGAUUAAUUUGACCAAGAUAGAAAAUGAGGGAGUUGCCAUUCUAAUUAAACUGUGUCCUUGGCCCACGGAUGAAGUAAUGCACAAGCACAGGUGGCGGACCGGCAUAGCCUGGGAAAGUGUGAUAGUUAUACCAAAAACAGCACGUAGUUAGCUGAUAGCUAGUUAGCCAAUGGUGAGCUGGGAUUUUGCACUAUGCAUGAGCUAAUUAAAAGGUGUAUAAUAAUCGGUGAUUCGGGAAUAAAGACGAGACUUGUCGAUCAUCAUAUGGUGAGCAAGUCUUCCUUCUCCAUCAAAUGGCUGACCCCGACGUCGACGACUACAGACGGACACGGCUGCCACGGAUGGGGAAGUAGGAGCGGGUCCUUCUGAAGCAAGGGGGGGGACGGAAAACGAACCACUGCGUUCGCGGCCCUAGGAGCCAUAUAGUUGGUUAUAGCCUACGUGCUGCCGAAGUCUGUAAGCCUUGCAACAGCGCUGAUUAGAAAUGGAAAGGCAAGCAGCAUAUGAUUUAUUUAUUUGCUUUUUAAGAAAGCAGCAGAUUAAGGACAUAGACUUGCAGAAAGAGUUCCCACAGUUGUUGGCUUCCGGUUGUGCACAAGGACUUUCUCAAGAUCCUUGUACACUACAUGAGUUAACAGAGUGGCGUAAGUUCGGGACCAGGAGGGCGGUUACGCGCGCCGCGGGAGAGCCCGGGGCAGACGUGGCGGCGAAAACGCGUAUGGUAGCGGCGGUGCCAGCGGUGCGGCGGCGGAGCGGACCGAGCGCUGCGGUGGCGGCGUGCUCGGUGCCGGCGGUGGUUACGCGCACCGCGGGUCCAGUGACACGCACGGUGACAAAAACUCGCACGGCAGCUGUCCGUGGGGAAAGCGCACAGAUCGCGAGGGGGGUGCCGGCCAGGGCCAAGCCAGCCAAAGCGAGACGCGGCAGCCGAAUACGCGGCAGCACUAAGCGCAGUGCCGGUGCUAGCGGCGGCGGACGCGCACCAGUAACGCAAAACCCGAAAGCUGGAGCUGGGAGGGCUUUUUCGCUUUUUGCAAGCGCACAAAAGCACCAGCGGUGUGGGACAUGCUCCCGCUGGCUGCGGCUGUUGGCGCAGAGCCAGGGGGAACCAGCCCGAGCGAAAAUCCAGGCAGAGCGGAGCCCAAAGGAGAUCGGGGCUGCGCGGGUUCGGGCGAGAGCAUUCCUUUCCACACCCCCGGGAUAGCGCAGAAUAAAGCGGUGCUGGAGCAGGCGGAGACGGGCGCGAGCAGACAUUCCUCAAGCACCGCCCUGUCACAGCUGCCCGGCAACCAGCCCAUCGCAACAAUUCAAACAAGUGUCUGAGAAAAAACAGGUCAGGAAUUUCCUUCAAGAUCAGGAUAGAAAACUUCUGAAAAUUCACACAGUACUUCAUCCAGAUGUUAUACGGGGCAUUUCACCCAACUGUUCCACAGACUUUACAGUUUGUUUACCAGUUUUUUUUUGUAAAUGUGUUUGCUUUUUGAAAAGUGAUUGAGUAUUUAGGUUUGAUGGCUUUAAGUUUGAUGACUUUAUUACCUUUCCCUUGCCUGAGGCGAGAACAACCUUUUAGGGGGGCAGAGUCUAAGUAAACUUCCUAGUUUCUGUUUGGACUACAUAUGAGAAGAUUUAAACUGUAAUAUUUCUGUAUACUAUGGGCUUUAUAGUCUUUGCUCUCUUCUAUUCAUUAAGAGAUGGCAUUAGAUAAAUGGAUGUAAAUGUGCUAAUUAUUUUGUACUAUCCUUAUUUUAAGUGAAAUUAUUUGUGUUUAAAAUUAUCUGUCAUCUUUCUCAGUUUUGUUUUAAAAUAUUUAUCCAAGAUUCAAAGUUUUAAGAAUUAUUUAUAUUAAGUUUAUAAUCUUUGUUAUUUCCAGUUUUUGUAAGUAAUGCUGAUAAAUGGUGAUUGUUGGUAAUACUAAAUGAAUACUUUGAAAAGGUUGUCUUAACCCCUUCAAGCACUUUUUGUUAGGGAGUUUUCAGAUUUUUGUGGCGUUUGCAGCUAACUUUCAUGUGUUUUUCUAUUUUUUUGUGUGAUCACCUGCAAGACACGUGUCUCUUUAAGAUCCUGUCUUUUUAUUUCCUAACUAUUUAGAUGUUUUUGAGGGUUUUUAUCCAAAUUGCCAGUUUUGUAGUUCUUUUAAUUAUUAUUACAGGAAUACUCCAGCAGAGAAUUCAAGAAGUUUGCUGUGUUUGGAAAAUCUCUGUCUUGACAGAAACUUCAGAAGGAUUCAAUUAUUUGCUGGUUUGAUUAGUUUGUAACCCUAAGGUUUCUUGUUUACAACAGUUGUUUUUAAAAGUCCUGUUUAAAAAGUAUGUUAAGUGACACUCACCAAUUAGAGUUUGAGCUCUGGCCAAGUUCUAACUCUAUUUGGAUGGAGUGACUGACAAUCAACCCAGAAGUUUUCUGCAUCAAAAAGUAUUCAAGUCCUUUUGACUUGGCAAUUUGACCAUCUAUGACGGCUGAGACAUUUUCAGAGGUGAUUUGGAGAAACAUGAAUCCGGACAUGAUUUCUCCAAUUCUCUGUCAUUUUAAAGUUUGUCAGCUGUCGCAGACUCUGGGAUAAGAGUUCAGUGUUAUAGUGUUUAGUAAUUUUCUGAUUUUGUAUGUGUUGUUGAUUGUGUGUAUUAUCUAAAUUAAUUCCUAAUUACUCUUAACAUUUCUUUAUGUACCAUUGCAAAAUGAAACCAGGACCCAUUCUUCACCUCCAGGAUUUUGAGAAGAUUCUUCAGUCCUGCAGGGAUGUGGGAUUUGUUUGUGUUUUAACAGGUGCCCUGUCUCAGCUUGAAAAGAAAACGGGGGAGCUCAGGGUAUUGGAGUGGCUCUCUCCACCACUACAGCAACAGAGAACUGUGAGACUGAAAAUUGAAAUUAUUGCAUCCCUCAUAAAGAAAGGACGUUUUAGGGCAAUCCAAGUUACAGGAGCAGAGCCUUCCACAAUACGAUUGCCCAUCAAAAAGGACACGCUUGACUGGUAUUUGGUGAACUCUGGGGAGCUCCAGGAAGCCUUUUAGGAGCUGGAGCUGUCGUGGAGACUGGGAAACUGCAUCCUAGUCCCCUCCAGUGGAUGACAGAAUGGGACUGGAUAACAAAGCCCAUUCGGAGUCUGUCACCAUUAAGGGGGGCUAUCACGGCCUUUACGGACGCUGGUAAAAAGUCCAGGAGAGCAGCUGUGACAUGGAAAAAGCAAGGACAGUGGCGACAACAUUUGUUGGAUGCAGAUGCCAGGGACAGUCUACAGACAUUGGAACUUUUAGCUGUAGUAUGGGCAAUGAUGAAUUUAAAAGGUCCUUUGAAUAUUGUGACUGACUCCCUUUAUGUAGCAGGAGUAGCUGCCAGGGUACUAUACUGGGGGAGGGGAUAUCUUUGUGUUUCCUCUCCAACAGGACCCUUGUGGAUCCCUGCGAAGUGGACUCGAGCUGAUGUUGAGGACCGUCGCAGCCUUGUCGCCGGAGGACAAAGAGAGGGUGCACAACAAACUGACGCUGAUAUUGCGACCCUAUUUGCAACGCCUCCAGCCCUACUCUAACGACGCGCGACGUGCCUGUGUUCAUCUUCCUGACGAUUGGAUCGAGUGGUGUCAGGACCUUACGGUAGAAGUAAAAGCCCCUCAAUCACAGCCAUGCUUGGACUGUGGGGACAAUAAAUGCGCUGCAUAGAUCGCGCUAGACUGUAGAGGCUGUAAUAAGGUGUUUUGGUUGGAGCAAUCGACCGUUCGGCAAAACUGGUGCCCAAGCUGCCGAUUCUCCUGGAACUUGCAGAACUCGUGGCAGCGAGCACUAAGGGAUUUUACAGGGCUUGAUUUGGGAGGAUCGUUAGGCUUAUAUGAAGCCCCGGAGCAAAUUAUCUUGGCAUAUGUUACUUGGCAACUUAAGACCUUGUGUGAGCGAGUAGAAAAGCAAGCGCGUACUCACAUAAUAGCUUCGCGCUGUCGAAAGCUUGUGCCCCUCACACAGACAUCCACUGUUGGACCGAUUAAAAAAGACUGUGGGGUUGAGGAGGCACUAGAUGACUGCAUCAAGCAACUUAAGUCCUGUUCUCUUCACUCCCGAGGGACUGCCAAAUAGGGCAACCCACAUUCUGGAGCGAGCUGAAACAGGUAGUAGUAGCCACACUUUUACCUGGAGGGGCAGCUAAUAAGGCCAUGAAUUUGGCCAAGCAAUUAGGCUGCUGGGCCAAAGACGAACUGAACGCCACCUCCCAGGUAUUGGACAUGCUGUUUUAAGAUGUACAAAGUGUAAAUCAUGCAGUAUUGCAGAAUAGAGCAGCAAUCGAUUUCUUAUUAUUAGCUCAAGGCCAUGGUUGUGAAGAAUUUGAGAGUAUGUGUUGUAUGAAUUUAUCAGAUCAUUCUGUAUCAAUAUGCUAUAGAAAUAUUGUGUGAUAGUAUUGCUAAUGCUUGUAUUACCAUGCUUGCUUAAUUGCAUACAAAGAAUGGUGAGUCAGAUGAUGGAAAGGGCUUGGAAAACAACACUUCUAGCCCAAAAAGAAAACAGGGGAAAUGUUGAGAGCUUUGUAACAAGCUGGCUCCGAGCUAAAGCUCACAGUGAGAUUAAUUUGACCAAGAUAGAAAAUGAGGGAGUUGCCAUUCUAAUUAAACUGUGUCCUUGGCCCACGGAUGAAGUAAUGCACAAGCACAGGUGGCGGACCGGCAUAGCCUGGGAAAGUGUGAUAGUUAUACCAAAAACAGCACGUAGUUAGCUGAUAGCUAGUUAGCCAAUGGUGAGCUGGGAUUUUGCACUAUGCAUGAGCUAAUUAAAAGGUGUAUAAUAAUCGGUGAUUCGGGAAUAAAGACGAGACUUGUCGAUCAUCAUAUGGUGAGCAAGUCUUCCUUCUCCAUCACCAUACCCCAUAAGUCAACAUAGCCCAUCAACAAGCUAUAAGAAGGUUUGUAGAAAUGGGAAAGAUUUCACAAUAGCAGAGUUCCCUGGGUGGCUGCUAUUCAUAAUGAAAUUGAGAACCACAAAAAAACUAUUUUUCCUCUUGUGGAGAAGUCUCCAUAACCUUAACAAAAAAGACUUCUCUCCCUCAAUAAACUAAAAAUAGACUAUUUUAGAAGUAGUAAACUGACUAGAAAUCUUAAGUGUAGUUUCUUUACAUUGUCAGUGAGAAAGAAAGAAAAAGUUGUAGGGGGAAGAGAAGUGUUCUAGAAGGUUUGUUUGGAUUCUUACUACUUUUUUUUCCUUCUACUUACUUUUAAUAAAAUCUUCUUUAUACCCUUUAAAAGUUUUAAGCCUACUUUGCCUUUCUCUUAAUCCUAUCUCACAACAAAAAGUAAGUAUAUUAGUGAUUAGCCAACACCAAACCCACCACACCAGUAAAUGGUUUAUAUCUUCAGAGCUGAAUGAAACAUGGAAAAAUCUAUUAUAUUCUCUUUGCUGACUGAUGGACAAGCAUGACAAAUUUGCCUUGAACAUUAAUAUGACCAGCUCUAGUGGGAAGCUUAAUUUGGAUUCUAGGCAAUUUGAUGAUGCUAAGGGAUUGUUUAUAUUUAGAUAAUUGCAUGACCUUUCAGAUAAAAAAAAAAUAUUAGAUUUUGUAGUGAUUUUUCCUUCCUCUCAUGUUUUCCCAUUUUAUUCAGUUGAAAACAAGUGCCAUAUCUCUUUUGAGAAAGAUUGAAUGACAUGCCACUCAUAAAAUCAUUUUAGACAAAACAUUUAUUAAAUCAAUGAACAGUUAACAGGUUCUGACUUCUCCCAUUCCCAACAUUUGUUGAAGAGCAGGCAUGUCAAAGGCAUACUUCAGAAUAGCCUGAUGCACAGAAACAAGAGGGGAAUAAUCUUUCACUUCAUAAUUCCCUCUGUUGUCCUUAGUGGGAACCUGUAGAGGGAUUUCAUGGCAGGCCUCAGUGCUGUCACGUGUGGUGAUUCACCAUCUUAGAUUUUUGUUUUUCUUGUACAAGGGAUCAGACUCUACUGCCAAAGAGGCAAACUUAAUGCUUAAUACCUGGUUUUGCACUUCAAUAUCAGUUCCUGGAUAUGAGUUUGAGGUUGGUUUGGUUUUUUGUGAUUGUAUAUUUCUACCCCCUUAAAAAUUGCAUGCUCUCACCUUCCCUGUUGUAAGUUAUUGUCUUUCAUGCAAAUGUGACAAACAUUUAUAGCAAGGUGCUUGAAACAAACUAAAAAUACAAUGUCCUUCUAAAUUCCAAAUAUUUCAUGUUAUGAAUUGGAUUAAAGGUACACUAUUCAACUUGUAUGCCACAGCAUCAUCUAGCCUCUAUUCAGAAGCUACCACUAUGUCAGGAGAUAUGGAGACAUAGCUCUAAAAAGAGCAAGCUGCAGCUGACAGGGAGUGAAUGAUUACAUAGAGAACAAAUAGAUUACUUUUUUCCUAUUUCGAGAAUAUCGUUCAGAGGGCAGUUGAAACACACCUAAUGACAUGUCUUUGUACAUUGCUUUCACUAGGAAAAAAAAAAUCCUUUUAAACUGUCAUGCAAGUAUAAGUCCUUGGCAUCUCCUAAAGUUCUGAGGGUCUCUGAAGAAGAUUCUGCUCAAAAUUCAUGGAAUGUGGAAAGUCUGUGACUAGACUGAGUCAGGCUGGACUCUCCAGUCAAAUCAAAAUUCCUAGGAGCAGCUGUCAUCUUGUAACAGAAGCCUACUGAAAAAUCACAUUGAACACUUGACUCUGCAGUUGCAUAUAGCCAUAUAAUUUGAUUCACAGGAUUUGGUUCAAAGCAGCAGCCUUCACAUUAGCAAAGAAGUGUCCCUGUAGAAAGUUCAUUACUGGACAAAAGACAAGCUUACUCUAUCUGUUCUGAAGAAUGUUCUUUGAUUCUGUAGCUGAACUUUUGUGAGUGCUGCUAUUCUGCAAAAAACGAAGGUAGCUGUAGUUUAUGGUAAAUUACUGGCUGAUUUCCCUAAAACAUGAAAUGCUUAAAUAUAAAAAGGGAUUAAUAAGUGUUAUUUUAACUAGAUAACUGAAAAAAAAUUGAUCAGUUUUGCAAUGUUGCCUAAUAUCUCUCAGAUAUUGGAGUUUCAUGAUUCAUCACCCUUUUAUAUUUUUAUGGAUAGCUGAUAUAAAAGAGUCAUUAGUUUUAUAUCCUGGUAUAGCACAGAUUUGUACACAUGCACAGGUAUUUUAAUAUUCAGAAAUACAAAACAUUUGCAAAUUUUUUUUUUAAUGAACUCCCCAUAUCUCAAAGAAUAAAACUGGUAAUUUCCAUUUUAUAAUUAAUGCUAGUGUUGCCAGAAUGAUUUUUGCUUUUAUAAUUCCUUUUAGAUUUGUAUAUAUAUAUAUAUUCAUAGCUCUGUAGGUUAUUGUUGUACAGUUAUAUAGUUCCUAGCUCACUCCAGUACUUUUCCCUACCCCUAUAGGCAGAAAGACAAAACACAUUCCAGAGGCUCCAAAUCCCCGGGGGGUCCAAGGCCCCUAUCCUAUCUUGGUUCUUCCUGGGAGCCACGGUUGAAACCAGCUCUUCAAGACACAUUUCCAUAAACAAAGUUUCGUUCCUAUAUAAAGGGGGGCUACAGAAGAGGUAGAACCAAAAGCGGGGAAUUAUUCAUCACUUAUGCUUCUAAUUGGGGAUUCUUGUCAAUUAUGCUAAUCUGCCAAGCUUAUAAAACUGUAUUCACCUCAUGUGGGUUGGGCAUUGUGGAUGCCAUUGGAGAGAGAGAGAAACGGCAAGCGUUUCUCACAGUUGCUCGUGAGAACUUUUAGGGAGUUGUAAGGAUGUAAUAACUUGUUAAGUAUAAACAAUCUGCAGGUGGUGUUUUUCUACUUCAUCUUUCUGUUCUUCUCAAGGACAGUGUGUGAGAAAGGUGUUUUUGUUAAGUAGCAAAUCAAAUAGAACGUAUCGCAUCACUCUAUAUAAACCGCACGGUUCUCUUGAAUAAAGCCUUCUUUUACUCUUUCUACAAUACUGCCUCUCGCCUGUUCCUGUGUCAUUCUCAGCGCAAGAGUGACAUCUGGUAACUCGACGUGUGUACUGCACCGCUCGUCCUUCGUGGAGUGCGGCGGAUGCCCGGGACCCCCGCCAGACCUCUGCCGGGGCGUAUGGCGCCCGCGCAGCUUGCCCGCGUUCGGACACCCUUUGUUUCACCAUAGAGGUAACGCCCUUUCCCCGCGCCCUUCUCAUUGGGCUUGGUCUGUGGGACCGCCCUGAUAAUUGGGACCUGCAGGCAGGGACGGACUCCUCAGAACGUGGACGUGGACAGUUUGUGAAUUGCUGGGGCUGGGUGCCGGUGUUUCCAUGAUGGGGGAUCGAGAUGAGGAGGAGAACAGAGUUUUUUCUGUGUGGAGGCACCUCCUUUCCUUUGGGAGGUUUCUCGGUGUCUGAUGCCUCGUUGAUUGACCUGCUUGUAUGGGCCAGGAUUCAUGAGUUCCCGAUGGGCACGGCCACUGCUUUUGACCUGGGCCGGUGUCAGGAGCUGUGUGGUCUGCUUGCUGAGGAAUUUUAUAGAGGGGAUGAUGCUGUGCCCCCGCUCAUGGCUAUGUGCGACUACCUGUGGGCAGCCCUCCGGGACCGGGAGGGUGGUUCAGAGAUUGGCAGUUUGAGGGGCGGGUCACGGCUCGCCAUCUGUGCAGGGUUCAGCCCCCCCCCCGUCCCCGGUGGGUUGGCUCUCCCCCUCGUUGGGGGGUGGGGCUGGGGAUUCGCUGCAACAGAAGUUACGUGUUUCCCCGCCCCUGCUGCCGAAGAACCGGGGUUCUCCCAGCCGACAGAAGCCCCGCCUUUCCCCACCCCCCCCGCCUUUUGGGGGUCAGCAUUCUCCCAGACCACGGGGCUGCAGUUUCUGACCCAACAGCCCCCCGCCAAACUGCAAGAGGGGGUGGGGUCGGCUUCCGCCUCGGUGGUUGCGAAGACACCGCAGAUUGCUCCACCAGCUUCCUCGUUGUCAGCCAUGGAGCCUGUGCAGUUGCACUGGCCACGCCGAUCGUCGAUGCUAGUCGGCGGCAGCCCGCUCCAGCCAGUGUUGUGUUCCCAGCCAGUUUUCUCUUCCUUCUCUAUGGCGCCUGCGCAGAUGGCAACGGCUGUGACUGUGGCUCCGGCACCAUCUCUCCGAAUGGUAAAUCAUCCAGCAGAGGUAGUGCCUCUUCCUCAUUCCAGCGCGGCGGCCACUUCGGGUGACUUAGUCUUUUACACCUCUGCCAGGGCAGCAUGCGGUGGUGAUGGUGCCAUCGGCUGCAGCUGCGCCACUGGCUGCCCUGUCUCUGGCCACGGCAGUGCCGGUGGCUGGUCCGCCUGUGUCCCAGCCUGUGACUGUCCCUUCGGGUUCGCAGCUCACAGUUGGCUUUUCGGAUCCGGACCCUUUUGUUAACGUGCCACCCCAUCACCCGCUGGGCGCCCUCCCCAUUCCUAGGUGGAGACUCGGACAGCAAUGAUGACCAGUGGCCAGUCCCCCGGCAAGGGCAUGCCGUGGUGGGUGAGUGCCGGAAGCAGCAGGCGGAUGCGACGUCUGCUCAUCACCUCUGGACACUGACUCCCUGUAGGGUGACUGUGCGCCCUAACAAUCCCAGCAGCUUUUGGGACACGGUUAAAGUGAGGGUUUCAGAGGCUGAGGAUGAGGGUCUGUUGGGAGGGUGGGAAGGUCACGGUUGGCAGCCGGUGAUGGCACGCCCGCCUUGACGGGAGAGGCUCUGGGGGCAUGGGGGAGCCAGGUCCUGCCCCAUGGCAGCGUGCAGGCUCAUCCUGUGUUCAAGGCUAUUCCGAAUUCAGGACACACUGACAGGGUGAUUGCCCGGUGGGUUAUUCAGGAAUUGUGGGGCGAGGUUGUGAAACAUGGCCUUGGCUCAGAGGAGGUCGUGCAGACUCUCCAGGUGAUAGCCACUGAUCUGCUCUGUCAGUUUGACAUCAGGCAUCUUGCUCAGGCACUUUUCCAGCCUCUGCAAUUUGCGAUGUUCUUGAUGUUCUGGUCAGAGGAUGCUGUGAAGGUUGCAGCAAGCAACAGGCUUCUGCCUCCAGAGGAUCCUAGGCAUGGUGUGGGAGUGGAUGCUCUCCUCAGGGAAGAGUACCUACUCCCAUCCUGAUUUUUCAGGCUACCUGGGAUGUUGUUCUCGAGCAGUGUCAGAAUUUGGGGUUUGCUGCAUUGGUGAAGACCACUGAGGCAGCCUCCCCCAGGCCCAUUUCACUGCAAUAAGGCAGCAGCUGGGUGAGCCUUUCAUGCCGUUUGUCGAGAGGCUUAUUGCUGCCUUGGAGAAGCAGAUGGAAGAGCCUGGACUCAGGGAGCCCCUUUUGAAAUGCUUGGCUUGAAACAAUUUGAACACUGAAUGCCAGAGGAUCAUAAAGUCUCUUCCAGGGGAUCCUUCAGUGGUGGACACAGCCAGGGCGUGUGCUAGGAUGAGUGGGAUGGAUCUCGAGGUAUCCGCUCUGGCAGUUACUGAGCAGUCAGGGGGCAGAUACAAGAAGAAGAACAAGAAUAAGGGCAAAAAACAGCAGGGUGCACCCAAGCCGGCAGAUGCAGGUGCUGAAUUCUUGUGCGCUAGGUGCCUUAAAGCAGGUCACCUUGCCAGCCAAUGCAGGUCGAAAUUUGGCACAAGUGGCCGGCCUUUGGCAGGCCCAGGAAACCGGAAGAAGAGGCCAAAGAGGAAUUGUGCCCCAACAAAAUUAUUCCUCAGAGCCCGGCACCAACCCAGGUUUGCCCAUCCGGCUCGGAGACAUCACCCACGACUCCGCCGGCGUGGAUGUAUGUACCGCCGGCGCAGUCAUCCUAGACUCCGGUAGUGAGCAUAGGGUUCCCUUGAAUGUCCUCAGACCUCUGGAAUGAGGUCUGGGUGUGUUGCUGGUGGAGAGAUCUAAUGUCACCCACCAAGGGAUCUUUGUUCACCCAGGAGUUGUUGACCCUGCCUUUGCAGGUCUGAUUUAUACCACUGUUUUCACGCCCUCUCCCCCGUUACUAUUCUGGCAAGGACUCGGAUUGCUCACCUUGUGUUUUUUCAGUUGUGUGUCCCCAGGACUGACCCACAGACUCGUGGGACUGGUGGCUUCAGAUCCAAAGGACUGCCACGAGCCCUCUGGUCUGCGACCAUUUCCGCUCAGCCACCGCAGAUGGUGUACCCUGACCCUGCCGGAUGCCUGCCUGCCGAUGAUUGAUCUGCAAGAUUUUCACCCUACGGGUACCAUUGGCCAGUGGAGUGACAAGUGGUCUGAUGCCUUGCAUGUUUUGGAAUGGGUCUUUUUGCCCCACCAGCUGAAGAAGACAGCGCCCUCAUUAUACGAGCUAAUUGCUCAUUUGAUAAUCAAAUGCCGUCAGAGGUUUUUGCAACUGAUGGCUGCCGAUCCUGUGGCGAUCAUUCUUCCUGUGGAGCGGGAGGAUUUUGAAUGGACUCUUGCUAUUAGCGCUUCUUUGCAAAGUGCACUGGAAAACUUUUCUGGGCAGAUUGCUUAUCAUAUGCCCAGUCAUAAGUUGCUGCAGCUGGCAAAGAAAACGGGGUUGUCAUUGCGGCCAAAGAGCAGCCAGGCGCCGGUGCAAGGGCCCACUGUCUUCACUGACGGCUCUGGAAAAACAGGGAAGGCCAUCCUGGAAGGAUGAAUCUGGAUGGCAAACACUGGAGGGCCAUGUGUCAGGCUCAGCCCAACUAGUUGAACUGAAGGCCGUUGCCAUGGCAUUCCAGGAAUUUUCCCAGGUGCCUCUGAAUGUGGUGACUGAUUCCGCCUAUGUAGCAGACAUGGCCAGGCAUUUGGACUGUUCACUUCUGAGGGAAGUCAGUAAUGCGGCUUCAUUUCAGUUAUUGAAAGCCUUGUGGAGUGCAAUUCAGGCCCAGGUCCAUCCAUAUUAUGUCUUGCACAUUCAGAGCCAAACCAAUUUGCUGGGUUUCAUAGCAGAAGGUAAUGCCAGGGCUGACAGGUUGGCUAACCCUGUAUGGGUAGCACCUCAGCCUGACGUGACUGCACAAGCCAAAGCGUCACGUGAUUUUUUCAAUCAAAGUGCACAUACACUGCAGAAACAGUUUCAUUUGACCCGACUGAGGCUCGUGACAUUGUCAGCUCUUGUGCUGACUGCCAUGGUUUCGCUGCGCCUUUGCCGGUGGGGGUGAACCCCAGAGGCUUAAAGGUUUUGCAGCUUUGGCAGACAGAUGUCACUCACAUUGCUGAAUUUGUGCACGUGUCUAUUGACACAUUUUCCUCCACUAUGUGGGCCUCUGCUCACACUGGGGAAAAGAGUCACGACAUGAUUGCCCAUUGGAGGAUGGCUUUUGCAGUCUUGGGGAUACCUUCUUCUGUGAAAACGGACAAUGGCCCUGCCUAUGUGUCGCAGAAGACACAGCAAUUCCUACACCUAUGGGGAGUGUCACACAAGCUUGGUAUCCCACACUCUCCGACGGGCCAGGCCAUUGUCGAACGCACUCAUGGUACCUUGAAGCAUGUUCUGGGCAGGCAGAAAAGGGGAAUGCCUGGAGAGACGCCACACAGUCGAUUGGAAAAAGUGUUAUAUACAAUCAACCAUUUGACAGUGCCACAGAAUUCAGAAAACCCUGUCAUUCUGAAUCACUUUCUUUCGUUGUGGUCCUCGGGUGAGGCGCACCUGCCUCGAGCAAAGGUCCAUAUACAGGAUCUACCCACCAACAGGUGGGAAGGCCCGUAUGACCUUAUCACUUGGGGUCGUGGGUAUGCAUGUGUCUCCACAGAUACCAGAGUGCAAUGGGUACCUGCGAAGUGUGUCCACCCUGACUUGCAACAUCAAAACCGGAACGUGGCCAACAGGCAACCUUUGAAUGAUGACCAAGAUGACAACCAAGAUGAUGGCCAAGAUGACAACCCUCAACCAGAUGGCCCUUCCACAAGUGGGGACUGAAUUUCAUCCUUUUUUUUGAAAAGGACUGUUUUUAGAAUUGAUAGUCUAUUUUAUAAGAGACAAUCACAAGACCCGAUCUCUCUGGCCAUUUCAAUUGGCAUCUGAUGGAGGGACCUCUGGAGCCGUGUUUGUUCUCCUUUCUGCAAGGGGUCCCACAGAGGACUACAGACACCGCCUCCAUCUUUAAACAAAAAAGGGGGACCUGUGGAUGCCAUGGGACAGAGAGAGAGAAAUGGCAAGCGUUUCUCACAGUGGCUUGUGAGAACUUUUAGGGAGUUGUAAGGAUGUGAUAACUUGUUAAGUAUAAACAAUCUGCAGGUGGUGUUUUUCUACUUCAUCUUUCUGUUCUUCUCAAGGACAGUGUGUGAGAAAGGUGUUUUUGUUAAGUAGCAAAUCAAAUAGAACGUAUCGCAUCACUCUAUAUAAACCGCACGGUUCUCUUGAAUAAAGCCUUCUUUUACUCUUUCUACAAUACUGCCUCUCGCCUGUUCCUGUGCCAUUCUCAGCGCAAGAGCGACAGGCAUUUUUCCAUAUCUGCCCCUGAAGCCCUCAAAUAAAGACCAGCCCUUAUAUUACCUCCUAUACUAAUACUGUCUCAAAAGUGUGUUGUUUUAUUUCUAGGUCUUUAAGGCAUCACUAACAAUAAACCUAAUGGUAGAAAAAAAAUAAUGAGCAGUGACUGUGGCCUAAAAAUGUAAUUUCAAGAAAAUGUUGCACAAAAAUGCUCAAAGUGUCUGUCCCUUAGAUGACACUGAUGAUAAUUUAAAUUCUGACAUUGCCACAUAGCAUUAGAAAUGUUAGUUAUUAAAAAGGGUUGUGCUCUUAUUAGAAAAAAUAUUCUAAUAAUUGUCACUCAGCUAUAAAGGAGUUCUGAGUCUAAUUUUUUUAUAUUUCCUAUUGGUUUCAAUCAAAACUCAAGCACAAAUGAUCCACAGUGGUAUUAAUGGGGAAAAAAACCCUAAAAGAUCUUUCUGGAUUCUCCCUAGUUGGCAGUUACAAAUUCAAAAUUAAAUAAAAAUGCUUUAUUUGAUACAAUAAUUCACGCAUUUAGGAAGUCUACUGUUUGCAUUAUACAAGGAGUUAGAUCCAAUGUUUGGGUUGUCUAUGUUAGUAGCAUAUACCAUAAAACCUCCUGUAACAAUACCAUGAUAAUUUAGUGGUCUUCGGUACCUUCAACACCAACAGUCAGGAACAGUAUUUACUGGACUCUUGAGUCCUGGCUGCUAGCCUAGUGAACCUUGCCUUAGGUCAAAAGACACUCUGAUACCAAGCAAUGAUGAUAGUCCAUUUAUUCAGAGGUGUGUGUAUACUGUGUGCAGUAUACAGAAACAAGAUGCUAUGGCAGUGCUUCAUUUCUGGAAUGUUGAGGAGCUGUAUUAAUAUCUUGCAAAGCUCUACUGACCAAAACACAAAUCACAUAGAUAGUGAUUUUCAACA